AUGGCACCCAUCGGAAAGCUCUACGGCCACCCUCGCCAGCCUCAGACGAAAGCUGUACGUUUCGUGUCAUCUAUCUCAGGGCUCGAGAUUGAUCUCCCAUCAUUCGAGUUCGGUGUUACGAACAAAUUGCCAGAGUUCACUCAGAAAUUCCCUCUCGCCAAAAUCCCUGCCUUCGAGGAUAACGAGGGAUUCAAGCUGAUUGAGGGCACGGCCAUCGCUCGUUACGUGAGCUCCCUCGUUCCCGACGCUGGCCUCCUCGGUCGCGAUGCAAAGGAAACCGCACAGGUAGACCAAUGGGUUCACUUUGCGGAGACGGAGAUCUACCUUCCUGUAAGCAACAUAUACGCUGGUGUUGUCGCAAAGUACCUGCCAGGAUUCAACGAAGAGCAACAUAAACAUUACAAAGAACGCGCUGAACGUUCGCUCAAGUUCCUAGAAGACUACUUGGCUUCACGUCCUUCCGGCUUGCUUGUGACCGACAGUUUAACGCUUGCGGAUCUCAUUCUCGCCGCCGUCGUGCAGCGCGCAGGCCAGACGGUGUGCGGAAUUAAGGAGCGCGAACAAGUUUAUCCCCACGUAUUCGCUCACUUCGCCAAAGUGACCAAUGACGAGAGGAUCAAGCAUGUGUUUGGAGAGCCUGGAUUCAUCGACGGGCCCCUUGCCUUUAAGGCCCAGUGAUUCCAGAAGGAGAGAAAUUUCGUGCAUUCUUACUGCUAUGUAGACGGACAUCAUUAUGGAGACUGUAUGAUAUUCUGUCGAGACAAGUACAUACUGGCAUGCGAAAGGUAGAAAUCUUUCGUGAUCACUGCCGAGGCAAUGUACGUGUUUGUUCGUUUUGAAAGAGUGACGAUGGCGAGGA